UAGAGCCGCGGGUUGCCGACCCCCGGUCUAGUCUCUUACGUAAAUGUGAUAAAUAAUAUUAUUUGAUAUUUUACGGUAAUGUGUUAAUAAUUUCACACAUAAGUCGCUGAGUAUAAGAAAAAACCUGCGACUUAUAGUCCGAAAAAUACCGUACUCAAAUAUUUGAGUUUGUGAACUCAAAAUAUAUGUGGCCACUGAUUGCCUCACUAUUUUUGAGUUAUGCUUACUUAUUCGGGUUUACAGUGUAAAUUAAUGUACAAUAAUUAAGUAAAUAUGUAUUGAAAACAUAAAUAAAAAAUCAUUAAAGAUCUCAUAAAUAAGAAUCAAAGUAAUUUAUAGUCACGUAUAAUUUAUAGUCAAGUGUGUGCAAUUUGUGAAUUUGCAUAAAUGUGAGCUGCAAUAAAAAAAAAAGAAAAGAAAAAAAGGGCAAGCUGAAGUGGGCCGCAGUUAAAACCCCUGAAGUACCAUGCAGUCAUACUUUUCAACUGGAAUUCUUGCAAAAGUCCACUUCUCAAUUAAUUCAUAUGCUGCUGAGUGGUUUUCUCUCGAGCUGCAUUCUAAAAGUGCAAUGUGGCGUGUAAACAGGGACGCUCAUCCAUACUGUCUCUAUCACACCACACACACACACGCACACACACACACACACACACACACAGAGUUGCCUGUUGUUGGCUGCGGGGAGUGAGAGUGGGGCUCAGUCAGUGUAGCCAGGAAAGAGGCCAGUGUUGCAGGCAGUGUGGAUUCACAGAGACGUGCCCGGCGUGGUUAAACCAUGCUCUCUAAGUGGGAGAACGCCUCUGCCCAGGACACAAGAUGAAGGUGGAGGAGAGGAAGAGCUCCUCUCCAGGCGACAUUCUCUCUGCUGACGUUCCCACGCUCCUCACUCUGGUCGGCCUCCUCCUGCUACUCCUUACAGGCGAGGUGUCGGGGGUCAACGUGACCACCCAAACCCAAGUGGUGAGGGGCGUCGUAGGCAAAGAGGCCCUCCUGUCCGUCAGCUACACCAGCAGCAGCACAGACAAGCCGGUCAUCAAGUGGCAGCUGAAGAAGGACAAAAUCAAACCCGUCACCGUGGUGCAGUCCAUCGGCACCGACAUCAUCGGAAACCUGCGGCCAGAGUACCGCAACCGCAUCCUGGUGUUCGAGAAUGGCUCGCUGCUGCUUCACAACUUGCAGCUGUCGGACGAAGGGGCCUACGAAGUGGAGGUCUCCAUCACGGAUGACACCUUUACAGGGGAGCACUACAUUGAGCUGACGGUGGAUGUUCCCAUCUCCAGGCCAUACAUCCAGAUGGUGGCGUCGUCUGUCCUUGAGUACAGCGAGCACUUCCACUUGCACUGCUCCCACGACAAUGGCACCAAGCCCGUGUACGCUUGGCUGAAGGGAGGCAAGGUGCAGGCCAACGACUCUCGCCUGCUGCUCUCGCACGACCAGAAGGUGCUGACCAUCUCGCGCGUUCUCAUGUCUGACGACGACGUCUACACAUGCUCGGUGGAGAACCCCAUCAGCAGCAUGAAGAGCACGCCCGUCAGGCUCACUGUCUACAGACGGAGCUCGCUGUACAUCAUCCUGUCCACCGGGGGCAUAUUCCUCCUCAUCACCCUGGUGACGGUGUGUGCCUGUUGGAAGCCUUCCAAAAAGAAGCAUAGGCCUGUCCCCCAGAGGGCUCCCAUCUACAUGGAGCAGAUUGAAAAUGGCCAUGACAUUGAUGUUGUACCGAAACCAACCACCCUUGGCCGAAGGAGCCCCAUGCCUCUCUAUGUACUCAACGAAGACGAGACCCUGGAGCGUUUGGAAGAAAGCGCUAGCAAUGUUUUCAGCCAAUCGGAGAUCAAUAUCCCUGCCACCUACGUCCCGGUCCUCCCCUCUCACGCCCACAGAACUGACCAGCCCGUCUGGACCACCCCGCGCAGGUACUCCCGCAGCCCCUCCCCACUGGCGCAGCUCCUCCCACAAGCGGCCCCCCUCUGCGGUCCUCCCCUCACGCCGGUCCGUUCGCCGGCCCACUCCCCUUGCUCGUCCCCACGCAGCUUCAGCCCCAUAAGAAAGGCCCGGCCCCCGGUCGGAAUCCCCAACAUCCGCCUGCCCGUCGAGGCGGAGAGUCCCGCCCCCGGCGAGAAGACCCCGGGUCCUCCGCAGCAGUGAGCCCAUGUUGUUGAUCUUGUAUGCUGUAACGUCGCCAAGGAUGCUGAUGUUAGCACCAUCAAGUCCUUCAUGGCCACCAGCGAUACUGGCGUAGCCUACUGGUGACGUCCUGUAAUGUAAACAUACUAGGUUACAUGUACUAUGCACAGAUAUUUCCUUUUUGACCUAUUAUUAAUUUCACUGGGAACCCCUGAGAAGUAGUUUAGGAGUUUUCAUGUUUUCUAUGUUACCGUUUAAACAUCAAAGUGGUCUUAUUGUGUAACUACAAAAUAAAAAAACAACAAUA